ACAUACAUGAUGUAAAAGUGGUAUAUAUGAGUAAAACUUGGGGUUGCAGUGGAAGUAUGACUGUAUGAUCAGCAGUUUUUUUUCUUCAUUUGUAGUUGGAGAACAUCAGUUGACAGGUCAUAAAGUGGCAGUUAAAAUUCUAAAUAGACAGAAGAUUCGCAGUUUAGAUGUUGUUGGAAAAAUAAAGCGGGAAAUUCAAAAUCUAAAACUCUUUCGUCAUCCUCAUAUUAUUAAACUAUACCAGGUGAUCAGCACUCCAACAGAUUUUUUUAUGGUAAUGGAAUAUGUGUCUGGUGGUGAAUUAUUUGACUACAUCUGUAAACAUGGACGGGUUGAAGAGAUGGAAGCCAGACGGCUCUUUCAGCAGAUCCUGUCUGCGGUGGAUUACUGUCAUAGGCAUAUGGUUGUGCACCGAGACCUGAAACCAGAGAAUGUGCUGUUGGAUGCACACAUGAAUGCCAAGAUAGCUGAUUUUGGAUUAUCUAAUAUGAUGUCAGAUGGUGAAUUUCUGCGAACUAGUUGUGGAUCUCCAAAUUAUGCAGCACCUGAAGUAAUCUCAGGCAGAUUGUAUGCAGGUCCUGAGGUUGACAUCUGGAGCUGUGGUGUUAUUCUGUACGCUCUUCUCUGUGGCACUCUCCCAUUUGAUGAUGAGCACGUGCCUACGUUAUUUAAGAAGAUCCGAGGGGGUGUUUUUUAUAUCCCAGAAUACCUCAAUCGCUCUGUCGCCACUCUCCUGAUGCAUAUGCUGCAGGUUGAUCCCCUGAAACGAGCAACUAUCAAAGACAUAAGAGAGCAUGAAUGGUUUAAACAAGAUUUGCCCAGUUACUUAUUUCCUGAAGACCCCUCCUAUGAUGCUAACGUCAUUGAUGAUGAGGCUGUGAAAGAAGUGUGUGAAAAAUUUGAGUGUACGGAAUCAGAAGUAAUGAACAGUCUAUAUAGUGGUGACCCUCAAGACCAGCUUGCAGUGGCCUAUCAUCUUAUUAUUGACAAUCGGAGAAUAAUGAACCAAGCCAGUGAGUUCUACCUCGCGUCUAGUCCCCCAACAGGUUCCUUUAUGGAUGAUAGUGCCAUGCAUAUUCCUCCAGGCCUGAAACCUCAUCCAGAAAGGAUGCCACCUCUUAUAGCAGACAGCCCUAAAGCAAGAUGUCCAUUGGAUGCACUGAAUACAACUAAGCCCAAAUCUUUGGCUGUAAAGAAAGCCAAGUGGCAUCUUGGAAUCCGAAGUCAAAGCAAACCAUAUGACAUUAUGGCUGAAGUUUACCGAGCUAUGAAGCAGCUGGAUUUUGAAUGGAAGGUAGUGAACGCAUACCACCUUCGUGUAAGGAGAAAAAACCCAGUGACUGGCAAUUAUGUGAAAAUGAGCUUACAGCUUUACCUGGUUGAUAAUAGAAGUUAUCUUUUGGACUUUAAAAGCAUUGAUGAUGAAGUGAUGGAGCAGAGGUCUGGUUCUUCGACACCUCAGCGUUCCUCUUCUACUGCUGGCUUACAUAGACCCAGAUCAAGUUUUGAUUCUGUGACUGCUGAGAGCUAUUCACUGUCGGGCUCCCUCACUGGCUCCUUGACUGGAAGCACACUGUCCUCAGUUACUCCUCGCCUGGGCAGCCACACCAUGGAUUUUUUUGAAAUGUGUGCCAGUCUGAUCACUACUUUAGCUCGUUGAUGAUUUUCCCCUAGUUUAUAUCUUUUUGUUGUUGCACUGUGAAAUCACAUGUAUUCUUUAAAUUAUUAUUUUACUUAUGUGUACACAUACUCUAAAAUGCUGAUUGACAGACAUGAAUAUUGCCAGGGGACACUCAAUGCCAUUGAAAUUAUGAAAACAAAAGUCUGACAUUUUAUUUAUCCGUAGAAAUCUGUAAUUGUACUAUGAUAAAUUUAUAUAGGCAGUAUCAUUAGUAGAUGAACACUGAUGAAGAUCGUUAAUUAAAAUUGUGAAUUCAUU